CUUCUCCCUCUCUAUGUAUAUAAAAUGGCAUGGCUUUCCCUGACCUCAAAACCCAACACAUUUCCCCCCUCCCUCCACAGAUUGAUUUUGCUCAUCAGAUAAGAAGAAGAAGAAGAAGAAGAAGAAGAAGAUGCUGGCAAUAUUCAACAAAGGAUUGGUGGAUCCACCAAAGGAGCUGAAGAUCCCGGCAGACGCCUCCCCGCCGCCGUCCGGAAACCUCGUACCCCCUCGGAUCGCCGUCGCCAAUUUCAACCGCUCCUCCUCCAGCGAUGGCUUUUCUCUAGGGUUUGGCGAUCGGGCAUUUCUCGCCUUUUCCUCCCCCAACCAUAACUCUUCCUCCCCUUUCUCCCCCCAGAGGUUGUUCUGUGGGGUGAAUGAGAUGUACUGCAUCUUCCUCGGGAGCCUCAACAAUCUGUGCUCCCUCAACAGGCAGUAUGGUUUGUCUUCCUCCAAAGGUGGGAACAAUGAGGCAAUGCUUGUGAUCGAGGCUUAUCGGACCCUCCGAGACCGAGGCCCAUACCCGGCCCAUCAAGUCCUCAACGAUCUCGAGGGCAGUUUCGGGUUCGUCAUCUACGACCACAAGUCUUCAACCGUUUUUGCUGCUCUGGGCGCGAAUGGGAGCUUGAAGCUGUACUGGGGAAUUGCAGAGGAGGACGGAUCUGUCAUGAUCUCAGACAAUGUGCAAGUGAUCAAAGAUAGCUGCGGCAGAUCCUUCGCGCCCUUCCCUAAUGGUAUGCUUGCAUAAAACAGUCCAUUCACUGCUUUCCUAAAUCAUUUCCCAUGCGAAAAUGGUACAAAGAUUAAGGUUUCGUUUGGGAAUAACAUUUGUGAAUUGUGAUUAGCCAUGAAGUUAAACCUUGAAGUUAAUGUCAAACAAAGCCUACAUUUUUGUUUUGGUUGGUGUAGCUGAUCCAUAACCAUAAGUUACAUGAGAUGAGGAUUUGUUGUUUUUGAAUGGAUCAUGAGAGGACAAAAUAUGAAGUUUUAGUUGAAGUAAAAGUGACAUUAAUGUUGUACAAUAGAGUUUAAGAGACUGAAAAAGAAGGGGAAAAUGGAUUGCAGGAUGUAUGUAUCACAGUGAGAAGGGGCUGAUGAGCUUUGAGCAUCCAAUGAAGGAGGUGAUGGCAAUGACCAGAGUUGACAGUGAAGGUGCAAUGUGUGGAGCCCUCUUCAAGGUUGACCCUCUCUCCAAGUCUGCCCCCACCAUCCCUAGGGUUGGAAGUGAAGCCAACUGGACCAUUUGAACCAUUUUAUAUUUUGCCACUUUCCUUUUUUUCUUUCUUUUUUUUAUUUAAAACAAUCUUGUUGUCCCCUUAUCUGUUUCCAUGGUGGAUGUAUAUAGAGUACUUGUUUCCACCAAAGAUGUUCUCUUUUUUAUUUAUUUUCUAUUUUUUCUUUGAAUGCAACGUUUGCUUACUUUGAAUCCUCACUCUCAACUGUAAUGCUUAUCAAUGUGCAUCAUGCCAUAAUUAUUAUUCACUCCGUUUCUUAAAAUAAUUCCUAUUUUGACUUGGGAGGGAUUUAUUUUCGUAGUUUGGCCUUCUAAUUAUAUUCUUAUCAUCGAAGAAAAAAAAGAGAUAAAUCAUUU